CUGGUGGAGAAAUGGAGAUGCAAUCCUAUUAUGCCAAGCUCUUGGGGGAGUUGAAUGAACAGCGAAAGAGGGACUUUUUCUGUGACUGCAGCAUCAUUGUGGAAGGGCGGAUCUUCAAGGCCCACAGGAACAUUCUGUUUGCCAACAGUGGCUACUUCCGAGCCCUGCUCAUUCACUACAUCCAGGACAGCGGGCGGCCCAGCACCGCCUCGCUGGACAUUGUCACGUCCGAUGCCUUCUCCACCAUCUUAGACUUCCUGUACUCUGGGAAGCUGGAUCUGUGCGGGGAGAACGUGAUUGAAGUUAUGUCAGCGGCCAGCUACCUGCAGAUGAAUGAUGUGGUGAACUUCUGCAAGACGUACAUCAGGUCGUCCCUCGAUAUCUGCCGGAAGAUGGAGAAGGAGGCAGCUGCGGUGGCGGUGGCCAUGGGGGCUCAUCAGGUUGACGGUGGAAGCCCCAGUUCAGGCAGGGAAGGGACCUCCUGUGAUACCAAGAGCUUGGCCUCCUUGGCAGCCAAGGGAGAAGAGAGUGUGGACUGUCUGAGAGAGUCCCCUUGCACUGACUGCCGGGGCUGCCACCCGCUGGGACUGGUGGUGAAGGACCGCCAGGGCUGUGGCCCAGCUGACGGUGACCUCUCUAUUCUGCCCAAACAGAUAGAGCCCAAGGUGGAGUUUGAGGCCGACGAGGUGGAGGUGGAGGGUGGUGAGCCGCUGCAGCCUUAUGCCGCCCCACUCAGCCUGGCCCGCGUGGCCGAGGCUUUGCCCGGUGGCCAGGCUGUGGACUUGGCCUACAGUAACUACCACGUGAAGCAAUUCCUGGAGGCACUCCUGCGCAACAGUGCUGUCCCCAGCAAAGAUGAUGCGGACCAUCACUUUUCUCGGAGUUUGGAGGGAAGACCAGAUGGUGCAGGAGGAACCAUGAGUUCCAUGAUGGAUGUCCAGACUGACUGGUAUGGAGAGGACUCAGGUGACGUGCUGGUGGUCCCCAUCAAGCUCCACAAGUGUCCUUUUUGUCCUUACACUGCCAAACAGAAGGGCAUCCUUAAGCGGCAUAUCCGCUCGCACACAGGUGAGCGGCCCUACCCCUGUGAGACCUGUGGCAAGAGGUUCACGCGACAGGAGCACCUGCGGAGUCACGCCCUGAGUGUGCACAGAUCCAACCGUCCAAUCAUCUGCAAGGGCUGCAGAAGAACCUUCACGAGUCACCUGUCCCAGGGCCUGCGGCGCUUCGGGUUGUGUGACAACUGCACCUGUGUUACCGACACACAUGACGAGGAGGACGAGCUGAUGCCCGUCAACCUUGGCCUGGUGGAGGCUUCGUCGGAAAGCCAAGAAAAGAGUGACACGGACAAUGACUGGCCAAUCUACGUGGAGUCUGGUGAGGAAAACGACCCCGCCGGAGAGGAUUCUGAUGGCAGACGGCAAAUUCAGCCCUACUCGUUGGAUCGAGAGACACUUACGUAGCAGUAAAUUUGGUGGGGGAGAGGUUUUAGAAUCGGUUAUUGCUCAUUCUGCGUUCGAAAGCCGCCAUUUGUCCAAUUUUGUGGAACCCCGAGAGGAACAUUUUUUUGACCAUUCCUCUACUUGCAUUUUUGUUAGAUUACAUAGCGAAGGUUGGAUCUUGUGAGUCGAAGGACUAAUGACUGCUUAGUGCAAUGCCCUUGGUUUCAGAGGGCUUUGCUGAGUUAAUUCUGAGUGAGUCAAGGCUGGCCCCAAGGCUCCCCGUUCUUCCUGUGGUGCACCCAGACUCUGGUUCGGAGAAAGAUAAGAAAAUCUCCGUGCUUGUUUUCACAUUGUCUCACAUCUACAUUCCUUUCUUGUCAGCCUUUUUCUCUGUAAAGGUGGGCAAGAAUAGCUUGAGACCAGUCUCUCUCUUGCCAAGCCUCUCCUAAUGGAUUCCAUAUUUUAGUUUUCUGGUGAAGUCUUCAUGACAUCAGGUAGGCAGGGAUGUUCAGCUGCAUGAUUGUAAAGGUACUUUCUAACUCUAAGGCUGCAGCUCUAAUGGCUGGGAGUACUUAUGUGCACACACACACGGAAAUGAGCUGAGAGGCUCCUGGCGUACUCUGACUUGCCCAGUUGUAUUAAACUUUAAGUUAGCCCUGGGAAGGGAGCCUGUGAGCCCAGGUCUGGGCGGUUUCCCUGUCUGGUUUGGUAUUUGACAAUUCUACACACACAGAUCACCUGUUUUGUGAUCAUAAAACAAGUCAUUGGGGCGAAAUUCAAAAUACUCCUGCUUUUCCAGCCAUUUUCCAGAGUCGCUGUUGUGGAGCGUGGAAAUAUAGCCACUGCUGAGU